AAAUAAUCUCAAUCGAUAGAUAAUACCGUAUUAUUAACAAUUACAUAAGCCGAAUUCUAUUUAUCUCCCCAACAUAAAUAGUUCCGAUAUGAAACAUCUUGUUAUGACAGUUCUCUGAACGAUGACUAAUAACAAUGGCGUGAAGUAGGUUACAAAUAUUGUCAGCGAGUUGUAGCUGUCGCAGAGGUGGCCGUAGUGUUGUAGCACGCCUCAAGCCCAAGAAACCCAUUAAUGAGUUACUCUUCACCCAAAACCCACCAAGACUAUCACCACAACAAUCAAUCACAUUAAAAACCCCAAAGCGAAAAUGUCGAAAAAACCGACCGCCCAACCCGCCCUGCAUAAGGUCAUCAUGGUCGGCAGCGGGGGUGUGGGAAAAUCGGCCCUAACGCUGCAAUUCAUGUACGACGAAUUCGUCGAAGACUACGAACCCACCAAAGCCGAUUCGUACAGGAAGAAGAUUCUUCUGGAUGGAGAGGACGUGCAAAUUGAUAUUCUGGAUACCGCCGGACAGGAGGACUACGCUGCCAUCCGGGAUAAUUACUUCCGUAGCGGCGAGGGGUUCCUGUGUAUUUUUUCCAUUACGGAGGACGAAAGCUUCCAGGCCACACAAGAGUUCAGAGAGCAGAUUCUGAGAGUUAAGAACGACGAAAACAUUCCAUUUCUGUUAGUUGGUAACAAAAGUGACCUUGAGGAUAGGCGAAAAGUGUCGUUUCAAGAGGCUAGCGAGAGGGCGAAGCAAUGGGGUGUUCCGUAUGUUGAGACGUCAGCUAAGACGAGGGAGCAUGUGGAUAAGGUUUUCUAUGACUUGAUGAGGGAGAUCCGCGCCCGCAAAAUGGAAGAAAACAAAACGAAUAACGGCAGAGGCAAAGAUAAAAGUAAAAAAAAGAAAUUGAAAUGUACCAUACUGUAGAAUGGUGGGUGUUUGAAUGCUUAUGCUUUAAGUGUAGUCGUAAACUAUUUUCUACGACACGAUUGGAAUGUUGUAAUAUAUCGUAUUUGUAUGUUUGUACUUCUUAUACUUCAGUUAUUUUGAUUAUAGGAUCUAUAUUAAAGGCACUCUUCAGCCAAAUUUAUCCACUCAUACUUUUAACUCGCAUUUUGUUACUCUAGUUUUAAGAGUGUAAAUGUGUUUCGUUUUUAAGAAAUUAUUUAUUUUUAAACUUCAUUAUUGUGUAAAACAGUUUUAAAAAACAACUGUUUUGUUACACAACAUUCUACAUCACCAGUAUUUUUAUUUAUUGUUAUCAUUCAGAGACGUUUGCACAAUAAUGAUAGUUAUCCAUGGCUUUUAAUGUAAGAGUAAGUAAAUAAGUAAGUAAGAAAAAUGAAAUGCCUACAUGUUUAUAGCAAUAGAACUUAUUGGUUUGGUUAACCUAAAACAGAUCUGUAACUUUCGUGGGGGAAGUAUAUUUUCGUACUUUUCAUCAGUAAGUUGUUUUGACAUCAUUUGUACUGCCAAUGCAAUAUGUUAAAUAAAACCUAAUCACGUCAUAA